AUGACACCAGAUAUCCCGAAAACUACGAAACAGUGGAAUGUUACGAGCAAUGAUGGCAAAGAUAGAUUCGGCGCAUUGAAAUACUCGGAGCAGAAAAUUGCAGAGCUUGGAGAUAGCGAGGUUCUCGUAAAGCUACAUGCUGCCUCUCUAAAUUACCGCGAUCUUAUAAUCCCCCAAGGAAAAUAUCCCUUCCCCGUAGCGCCAAACAUCAUCCCCGGUUCCGACGGCGCAGGCACCGUCCUCGCUGUUGGAAGACAAGUUACGCGCUUCAAACCCGGCGACAAGGUUGUCACCCUAUUCAACCAAGAGCACAUCGGCGGUCCCAUCACUCAAACCAGCGCUGCUUCAGGCCUCGGAGGAUCUCGCCAUGGCGUCCUCCGCUCCAUCGGCGCCUUCAACGAGCAAGGCCUUGUUCACCAGCCGUCUAGUCUAACUGCCGUUGAAGCUGCCACACUUCCCUGCGCCGGCGUCACGGCAUGGAAUGCAUUGUACGGCGUAUCUGACAAUCAAGUCGCUCCCGGCCAGUGGGUUCUCACCCAGGGAACCGGUGGCGUGAGCAUCUUUGCACUGCAGUUUGCCAAGGCGGCUGGCGCUCGAGUCAUUGCCACAACGGGGUCCAACGACAAGGUCGAAGUCUUGAAGAAACUUGGUGCGGAUCACGUCAUUAACUACAAGGAGAACCCUGAAUGGGGAACAAAAGCAAAGGAGAUUACUGGAGGUGUUGGUGUAGACCACAUCGUUGAGGUUGCAGGUCCCAAGUCCAUGGAGCAAAGCCUCAAGGCAGUAAAGGUGUCUGGGUUGAUUACCAUUAUUGGCUUUGUGGGUGGCUUUACCAAGGAUCAACCUGGGUUUAUUGAGUGCUUGAACAACAUCUGCACGACGAGGGGUAUUUUGGUUGGCAGCAGGAAACAGAUGGAGGAUAUGUGUCUUGCUAUUGACGGGAACCCUGACAGGUUGAAGCCGGUGGUUGACGAAAAGACGUUUGACUUGGAACAGUUGAAGGAAGCGUACGAGUAUCAGUGGUCAGGGCAACAUUUUGGCAAAGUCUGCGUGACUAUUGCAUAA